AUGAUUAUCAGUGGUAGCAGUAGAAGUUUACUCUACGGCGAGCAAAAAUCCGCAUGCUGGAAGCGCAUAACUUUUAUUUUUUCCUUCUCAUUUGUUAGGUAUACGGUGUACAGGCUGUAUCCCCAUGACGUGAAUCAACUCAAGUAUUUGGCUGAUUUGGGAAACAGUGACACGGACGGCUUCGACUUCUGGAUCGAACCGUCUCGGGUCCAUCGCUUUGUGGACGUCAGCGUGUCACCGGACCAGAAAAGGCAGUUCACGGCACAACUGCAGAUGAGGGAAAUACAGAGUGAAAUUCUCAUCCCAGACCUCGAAGAGGAAAUUAACAACUCGACAAGGAGUUCCACUGACGUUCCAGACUUACGGUAUCCACGCAGUUUCUUUGCGGACUACCAGCGCUUGACUACGAUUCACAACUACAUGCAAAGUUUCAGCGUCAGAAGGAGAUCGUUGGCCAGCGUGAUAAGCGUCGGAAGGUCUUUUGAGAACAGGGAUCUCAAGGCAGUGAAGCUGUCGUCUGGUUUUGCGAGGAGGGCUGUUUGGCUCGAUGGCGGCAUUCACGCUCGGGAGUGGAUUUCGCCGGCCACUGUAAUGUACAUCCUCGAGGAGUUGAUCAGUGGAUACAGCAAUGACAACGACACCACCAGAAUCCUGGAUACCUUUGAUGUGUACGCUCUGCCCGUAGCGAACCCCGACGGCUACGAGUACACGCACACCUUCAACCGGCUAUGGAGAAAGACCAGGUCAACAUCUUCGAGCUUCUUCUGCCGUGGAGCUGAUCCCAACAGAAACUUUGGUUUCAAGUGGAGCUCGGGAGGCUCAAGCAGCAAGCCUUGUUCCGAAGUGUAUGCCGGAAGCAAGGCCUUCUCCGAGCCCGAAACCAAGGCCAUAGCCAAUUUCAUCUACGCCCGCCGGAAGGAGAUCAUGGUCUACAUCACGUUCCACUCAUACUCGCAGCUGUGGCUUACUCCGUGGGGUUACACACCCCUCCGCCCAGCUAAUUACCUCGAGCUGGUACGAGCCGCAAAGCUUGCAACCAGAGCUCUUCAGAAGGUCCACGGGACAAAAUACACUGUCGGCACUUCCACAAGCCUGCUCUACGUGGCAUCUGGGGGCUCCGACGACUGGGCACUGGGAGAGGCCCAAAUCCCCUACUCGUACACCGUGGAGCUUCGAGACACAGGAAGGCAUGGCUUUACGCUGCCCAGGGACCAGAUCGUUCCCACAGGAGAGGAGACGUGGGCAGGCAUCAAGGCACUGCUGCUUGAACUUGCAAAAAAGGUUUGAGUGCCACGGGGCUGCCGGCGUGCACUAGGGUUUCGCCCAAUCACCGAGCUUUGUCACCUUAGUGCUUCAGGUGUCCCUGGAAAGCAGGCUCAACAGGCUUUGCACUCUUCAAGCUGUGAUACUUCUUGUUUGCUACCAUGUGCUCCAGAAAUCACUUUGGUCACUCAUACUUUUGGCUGCUACCAUUGAGCCAAUAUGAUAUCAUGUUUGCUGUGAAGCAGAGUGAAUCAUGUAGACUUUCUUUUCUCAUUGAAAAAUAUGAACACAAACCACUCACCUCAAAUGCCAACUCAAAAAAAUGCCGCACGAUUUUGUACACUAAACUGCAAUGUACUAAGAUAACUUACUUUUACGUACAACACACACAACACACAGCUGGCCUAAUGAUAGAGCUUUACUUUUACGUGCAACACACACAACACACAGCUGGCCUAAUGAUAGAGCUUGUGCACAUUUUGAUAGUACAGGUUGGCGCCAAAAAUCGCACGUAAUUCAGAACAUGCAAAUCUAGUUCCACGCCAUUAUUUUAAAAAUGAAAGUGUGGGUAUAUAUAAAACAGAAAUUGCAAACAUGAUUCCAACAAAACCGUAUGUGUGAUUUAUGUGCAGUAAAAAUACCCUUGUUUUCGGAAAAUAGCAUAGAACAAUUUUCACAUACUGAAAAUUGUAGGUAACUUUUGGCUGGUUUUUCGCGCAUGUGUUUCAGCCUUUGCAAUCUAUUCCACACGUGCAAACAUGCCACAACGUAGCAACUUCGACAGCAGCAGCUGUCGCAAGAAAAAAAAAAGCAUAAAAAACCAGCAACCAAGCAUUUGUGUUGCAUAUGUACACACACUAGCAGAUAGAUAUUGAAUGGGAUAGAAACUAUAGGAGGCCUAUCGUAUUGUAAGCCCUCUUCCACAAAAUUUCAGACAAACUUGUUUGUAGGAGAAACAUAGUAUAGAUGCAAAGGACAGAAAAUUUAGCAAUAGCUCCAGAGGGUACCACAAUGUUUCUCUUGUACGAAAGUCGGCCAGUGGUGUACCAACUUGUUUUUGAGUUAGGGAAGGGCAAACUGGACCCCCCCCCCCCAGGGCCAGGGGGCGGUGCCCUUGGUAUCCAAUGGGCGUCACCAGCCAGUGUUUGUCCUGCCCAGUGGCGGCUGUUUCAGUGGGGGCAAAACACAUGCCUUGGCCCCCCACCACUCCGAGAACUGGGGGGACAAGCACCCCUCUUGCACCCACGGUUUGUACGCCCAUGAGGUCGGCACUUAGUCAGCACUGAGAGCUUGGACAUCUCGCGUAAAAUAAGGUCACUGAACUGUUUAUAAACCGAUACAACGACGCUGCAUAAAAUUUAAAGGGACACUGACACCCCCCAAAUAAUUUUUAUUUUUUUCCAGGCGAUUCAUUAUUGUCAGAAGACUACACAAUCAAUAUUUUGCUACAGCAUCAAAUAUAUAUUUAACAAAGUAAAAAAUGCAACUGGUCGAAAUCAAACUGGGGAGGAAGUAGAAAUAUAGAGGGAGGACAAAUGUUACCAGAAGUCAUGUGACUGUGCAGUUUUUUUUUUCAAUUAGCAUUUUGCAACAUUUUAGAAGCCAAAAAAUGGGUGACUUAUUUUGUCUGUUUUUAAUAUUGAGUGUGUGCCUUCGAUGACCCACAACCUUGAUUAUCUUUGGUGAUUGUGUCUAAAGCAUAGAAAACGGCACGUGACCAUAUAGAAGAGUGUGAGCGCGACUCAAACUGGUCGGUUCUCGGGCGGAAAGAAAACUCAUUUCAAGCUACAAAUUGUGUUCUGGGUAGUUGGGCUCUCAUAUGUCAUGUACAAAUAAAAACCUUGGCAAGCAUAAAUACCCUGCCAGUGUCCCUUUAAUGAGUUUGGUGACCCAGAAACCUUCAGUCAGAUGACUGUUUAAGGCAUCAUGGUAGUGACUCUUGCAGGAAGUCACUCCAGCAGACAUGCUUGCUAAUGAGAGCAAAACUUUCACACAUCUUCCCUUCUCUCACCUCUAAUGAGCCGAGUCUACAUGUACUUUCGUGUCAAGCUUCGAGAAAAAAAAAGCAAAAAUUAGAGAUACCGCAAUUGUUUUGUUGCAAGUGGUACAUCAAUACAUGGUUCACACUGUUUCAUGUAACUU